GAACGUUUCCCAUGAGCAGGCUCAGAAGCUCGCCCAAGUGCGCGGCCUCAUCCAUUCGCGCGUUCACGAUACCGGCAGACUCUCUGCAUGAUGGCCGAGGGAGGCGGACCCGAGCCGGGUGGCGCGGCAGACUCCGACUCUGAGCCGGUAGCCGCAGAAAUGCCAACCCCUUCAACCGAAAAUCAAAAACAGACUAUUGGGUCACUAUUGAAAACAACUCUAAGGAAGGGCGACGAAUGGUAUCUAAUAGACAGCCGGUGGUUCAAACAAUGGAAGAAGUAUGUUGGAUUUGACAGCUGGGACAUGUACAAUGUUGGAGAACGUAGCCUCUAUCCAGGACCAAUUGAUAACUCUGGGCUGUUCUCAGACCAGGAGACUCAAGCCCUGAAAGAGCACCUUAUAGAUGAGCUGGACUAUGUCCUUGUACCCACUGAGGCAUGGAAUAAACUUGUGAGCUGGUACGGCUGCCUUGAGGGCCAGAGAUCCAUUGUCAGGAAGGUUGUUGAGCAUGGCAUGUUUGUCAAGCACUGUAAGGUGGAGGUCUAUUUGCUGGAGCUGAACUUGUGUGAGAACGACAACAUGGACAAUGUUGUCACGCGUCAUUUCAGUAAAGCUGAUACUAUAGAUACUAUAGAGAAGGAGAUGAGGACGCUGUUCAAUAUCCCAUCAGAGAAGGAGACACGGCUCUGGAACAAAUACAUGAGCAACACCUACGAACAGCUGAACAAGCCAGACAGCACCGUACAGGAUGCUGGUCUCUUCCAGGGGCAGGUGCUUGUUAUUGAACGGAAGAAUGAGGAUGGCACGUGGCCCAGACAAGCUUCCCAUCCCAAAUCCAGUACAACCCCAUCCAGGAAUUUCACUACCUCCCCAAAACUCUCCUCCAACUCAACAGCCAGUAUCUCUUCAACAGUAACUAACGGAGACAGCAGCUGUAGCCCUGGCUACACACUUAACAACAGCACCUCCUCUGGCAACAGAUUGGGGGGCUACAAUUCAUACAGCUCCUCCUACAACUACAGAGAGUCGCAGUCACAGCCUGGCCUGUGUGGUCUCAGUAAUUUGGGCAACACAUGCUUCAUGAACUCUGCCCUCCAGUGCCUGAGCAAUGCAUCUCCACUCACAGAGUACUUCCUCAAUGACCAGUAUGAGGCAGAGAUUAACCGAGAGAAUCCCCUGGGAAUGAGGGGCGAGAUUGCAGAGGCCUAUGCAGAUCUAGUAAAGCAGAUGUGGCUGAGCCGCAGCAGCUAUGUGGCCCCACGUACUUUCAAGACCCAGGUUGGACGUUUUGCCCCCCAGUUUUCAGGCUACCAGCAGCAGGACUCGCAGGAGCUGUUGGCCUUCCUGCUCGACGGGCUCCAUGAAGAUCUGAACCGCGUCAAAAAGAAGCCUUAUCUGGCCCUGAGGGAUGCUGAGGGCCGUCCAGACGAGAUUGUUGCAAAGGAAGCUUGGACGAACCACCGCUUGCGCAAUGACUCGAUUAUCGUUGAUAUUUUCCACGGCCUCUUCAAAUCCACUUUGGUGUGCCCAGAGUGCUCCAAGGUGUCUGUAACCUUUGACCCAUUCUGCUACCUCACACUGCCUCUGCCCAUGAAGAAGGACCGUACUAUGGAGGUUUUCCUGGUGCGAUCAGACCCUGAGUCGAGACCCACACAGUAUCGAGUCGUGGUCCCAAAACUGGGUACGGUGACAGACCUGUGCAGCGCCUUGUCCAAACUCUGUGGAUUCCCUCCAGAAAAUAUGGUGGUGGCUGACGUUUACAAUCAUAGGUUCCAUAAAAUCUACAGACGGGAUGAUGGCCUCAACCAAAUAAUGGAAAAAGAUGACAUCUUUGUAUAUGAGGUACAGGAGGAGGACAGUGAGCGGAUGAACCUGCCUGUGUAUUUCAGGGAGCGCCACUCCAAGCAUGUCGGAAGUUCCACGAGCACCAUGCUGUUUGGCCAGCCUUUACUCCUCAGCGUGCCCAGACACAACCUCGUAGCAGACAUCCUUUACGACAAGAUCCUAGAGAAAAUUGGGCGCUAUGUAAAACAAUCCCAGGGCCCUCAUAAUGAAAGCAGAGCCUCAGCCUCAGCCUCAGCCUCAGCCUCAGCCUCAUCCUCAUCCUCAUCCUCAUCCUCUGCCUCAGCCUCAGCGACCGUCGCCAGCUGCAGCCAAGCUCCUGAAUGUUCCACAGCAUCUAGUCUCAGUGCCAGCCUGGGUGGCUGUGGCAGCCCCCUGUCAGACGGGGCCUCGUGCAGUGCCAGCUUCAGUAACGGCAGCAACCACUCAGGGACAUGCAACAAAACUAAUGGGCUAUAUGAUGGUGAGGAGGAAGCCAUGGACCACCAGGGGAGUCCAGAGCCAGAGAAUGGCCAGUCUGAAGAGGAGGAAGAGGAGACCUCUGACUUGGAAAAUGGGUCUAAGGGAGCCAUGCCCAAGCAGUCUUCGCCAGCCAAACUCUUCACUUUCAGCAUAGUCAACUCUUACGGAACAGCUAACAUCAGCCCGCUGCCCUGUGAUGGAAAUGUCCUCAAACUUAAUCCGCAUUCAACGGUGGCGAUUGACUGGGACACAGAGUCAAAGAAACUGUGUUAUGAUGAACAGGAAGCAGAGGCCUAUGAGAAGCAUGAGAGCAUGCUCCAGCCCCAAAAGAAGAAAGCCACUGUGGCUCUGAGGGAAUGCAUUGAGCUCUUUACCACCAUGGAGACACUUGGAGAACACGAUCCAUGGUAUUGUCCAACAUGUAAGAAACACCAACAGGCCACAAAAAAGUUUGACUUGUGGUCGCUGCCUCGAGUUCUGGUAGUUCAUCUAAAGCGAUUUUCCUACAACCGGUGUUGGAGGGACAAGCUGGACACGGUGGUGGACUUUCCCAUCAGGGAUCUGAACAUGUCCGAGUUUGUGUGUGACCCGAAGGCCGGCCCCUACAUAUACGACCUUGUUGCCGUGUCAAACCACUACGGAGGAAUGGGAGGGGGUCACUACACCGGUUAUGGCAAGAAUAAAGUGGACGGAAAGUGGUAUUACUUUGAUGACAGCAGUGUCUCCUCUGCCUCAGAGGACCAGAUUGUGACUAAAGCAGCCUAUGUGCUGUUCUAUCAGCGCAGAGACGAGGAAGCCCCCUCCAAACCUCAGCCUUCGGCCUCGCUGGGAGGAGCCCCAGAAGCAGUCGAUGACCACAUGGACACAAACUGAGGAGCCCUGACGCGAAGGGAAACGCACUGAAACACAUACAGCAAAUAGAGACACUCGGACGCACACACAAAGCUCCUUUAGUGACAGAGGACUCCACAGACUUAACAUUAUUAACCCUACCUUCCCCGUAUUUUAUUUGGUUUCUGUCUCGUAUGUUGUCAACUAGAGCCAACAGCCUUGUCAGAAGAGUGACCUGAGAGACUUCCUCCCUGCAGCGGGUGGCCUACUGAUUUCUGAUCCUAAUUUACUAGUCUGGAACUAAAGAGGAGUCUAAAUGGAUAUAGAUCCUCUCACUGGAUGAACAGAAUGUUAGAAGUGCCCUCAAAUGCGUAGAUAAACAAAUGUUUCAGAAAUAUAUUAAAAAAAAAAAAAAAAAA